AUGUACACCACCUUUGUCCUCGGGGACUUCAAUUUUGCCACGCACGAGGCUCUCGCGCUCGCUGCCCCCGCGGCGGCCGUCCGCAAGCUGUCGAAGUGCCACCACGUGCAGGCGCCCAAGUGGCGCCAGGCCCUCGCCCUCCUGACCGAGAUUGCGUGCGAGGACCCCACGCACUACGAGAAGUUCAACGACUCGUGCGCGACGAUCGACCGCGUCUUCUGCUCGAUCACGGGCUGGCAGCUCUGCCAGCUGUAUGUCCAGAUUGGCACGCUUGGCUCGCCGGCGGCUGUCUUUGACAAAAAGAUCUCUGACCAUGCUGCUGUUGUUCUCUCGCUUGCCUGCCGCCCGCCGCGUCCAGUGGAGUCCCGCCCCAUUCCCAAACACCUGUUCUCGGAGCCUGGUUUCAAGCGGCGCCUGGAGGGGCUGUGCUCCUGCAUCCCGUGGGACUCCAUGUCGCCCCCGUUCAAGGUUGAAAAGUACAAGGAGCUUUUGAAGAUUUCGGCCGCGGAGACCAGGGACGCCCUCUUUCGGGACAGGCUCCAGGACUCCCACCCCCUGGCCAUUGACAUGAUAUCGAUUACCGACGGGAAGGUCGAGCUCCGCCACCCGCCGUCCUUCCAGGCUUGGGUCGACCAGGUCCAGACUGAGGCUGCUGAGUCCGCGAAGGUUCGAGUCUUGGGCCUCAGGAACUGUGACCUGAAGCUCAUCUCAUCCACCGUCAAUCGGGCGAUCCGACCCGCCCUGGUAUCUCUUGCCCCGCCGUGCCAGCGUGGAUUCAUACCGGGUAGGAAUUUCGGCAACAACAUCCUCGAGCUCGACGUGUCGAGCCGUCAGAUGUCGGUCGUACCUCACGGGUCUACCGAUAUCCCUGUGCUGUAUUCCCUGGACUUCGGCCAGGCCUUCCCGUCCCUGAAUCAGGACUUCCUCAUUCUCUCCCUUAGGGCCCUCAAGCUGCCCGAAGCAUUCGUCUCCUUCGUCACGUUCCUAUAUGCAUCGGUGGAAGGGGUUGUCUCGCACCUAGGUUCGCUAGUGCACAUCUUCUGGAUCCAGAGCGGCAUCAUCCAAGGUUGUGCCUUAUCGGGCACUCUCUAUGCGUUGAGUACGGCUGUCUUCUUGGUCGACCUGGCCUCUCGGGUGGAGGCCGCUGGCCUUGGCCUGGUUCGGGCCUGUGCUGAUGACAUUGCGGGCACGUUAUUGGCCAUUCGGCACCUUGUUCAUGUGUAUCGGGUUAUGAAGAUGGCCUCGGACAUGGCCAACCUCGCCCUGAAGGUCUCGAAAUGCAAGAUUGUCCCGCUGUCUGACAGGUUCUCGCCCGACCUCUCAGCCACAGUCUCCUUCUGGGUCUCCCAUCUGGUCCCCGAGUGGAGCUCGUUCGAGGUGGCUCCCAAGCUGCUCUACCUGGGCCUCUGGCUGGGGCCUGCUGUUGUUCCGUCCACUUCUUGGAUUGACCCCGUCGCCAAAUUGCGUCUCAGGGCCCAAGCCAUCGGGCGGGGAACCACUCCUGCCAGCCUUUCCGCUACACUGUACAAUACUCGGGCAGUCACGACCAUAUCUUACGUUGCCCAAUUCUGCUGGCCGCCAUCGUCAGCGUUGCAGCCUGAGUUGGCGACGCUCGCGCAGGUGUUCCGCAUCCCGCUCGGCACUUUCGCCCUCGACUUCUGGACGCAGAUCGCUCAGUGGGGCGGCCCGCGCUGCACGCGGUGGGGGCACCUGGCCGUCGCCACCAUCACUCGAGCUGCGCUGCACACGUUCCCCGACUGGGAGAGGCUCCUCCAGCAGUUGCGGAACCACGCGCGCUCCGCCCCGUACGAUGCCACCCUGUCCAUGCUGGCGACCGGCAAGCCGUACCCGUCCUUCUGGUUGGCCCCCGCCUUUGUGGAGAACUUGGAGCUGGCCGCCGCUGGCACCCCUCCACCUGGCCCGCUGGCCGUCUUUGGUGCUCGUGCUGCCGACGCUGCGCUGGCUGAACUUCGUGAGAGCGGCCGACUUCGUCCUCGACCUCAGAGAGCUGCUCACGAAGCGCUGCGGGCCUUUGCGAUGCUGAACAAGCCUAUCACUGACCUCUUCGUGCUCCGCCUAAGGAAGUUCGCUGGCAGGUCGGCGGGCCUCCUUUCGAACAUCGACUGGGGCGAGUGCAAGUGCGUCCUCGCCCGCUGCCCGUGCUCGUGGGCCAUGGCCGUCCUGCGCACUUGGUCUGAUGGCUGGAUGACUUCGGCCCGUAUCAUCUCACCUGACGGCCAGAAGCACUGCGUAUUUGGUUGUCUAGGCAAACUCGACUCGUUGCGGCACUACGCGAGAUGCCCUGUCAUGCACCGUGCCCUUCGGCAGGCUCUCGCGAGACCGUUCCCGCUCCCGUGGAUGACCAGAUGGGGCCUAUCUGAACCCUCACUGGCCACCUUCUCGGCGAUGGCUGCCGCAUACAACAUGUACAACGAAGCGAGGCUGGCGCCCGCGUGGCCCCUGCCCCCGUCCCUCCUCCGCAGCUGUGCUCUCGCUGGUGUACGUUCGAUGCAGCUCGCGUCACCGCUGAAGUGCUCGGAGAUCGACCGCGAGCAGCUCGGCCGACGGGACUACCUCAUCCGCA